UCGUUUUUGUACACUUUAAAAGUGCAAGUAAAAACGAAUCUAAAAGGGGUUGUGGGAGCCUCAAAGCCCCUUUUAGUAAAAUGUUUGUUGGAAAUAACAAAAAUUAAAAUAAUUUUCGUGGAUUGUUUGCGAUUUGAUACUCUUUGGCCGUAUAUAAACUCGGUUCUCCAUUUCGAUUAUGUAGAUCCGACUAUCGGGGAAACGGAUACAUAUAUCUCUUUCUAUUUUAUUGUGAUCAACAGCGCUCUCACUGAUUUGAAGUGAUGCUACUGCCUACUUAUUCCGUUGAAAAAGAGAGCAUCAACAGAAAUAUUAUAAAUGGGUACUGUUUUCUUGAUUAAUAUUGUUGAUCUGUGGUAGUAAGCAAACAAACUAAAAAGGCUAGUGUUUGCCGAGUACAAUGCAAUGCGUAUUUUUUUCGUAACGGUACAUUUAGUACAUACUCGUUUUCUCAAAGGCAUAACAUCGUUUUGCUCGUGCGUGGUUCGUAUUAUCUUUCGUGUAUUAUCCGCUAUCUUAACUUAUCGGUCAUACAGAUCCACCGGACACAAAGAUUAAUGCGGAUGUUUUGAAGUUAACCAUACCGGAAAGUACCACGUACGACUUAGAAAUCAAACUAGGAACAUUUCUAAAGAUGUCGCACGAAUGACCCUCGCUACAAAAAGUGAAAAAAUAAAUAAUCUCUAAGCAUUUAAAGACAUGAAAAAUAGACCGUACUUUAUCUCUGAAGGGUUAAGGGUUCAUUGCCCUGUAUGUAAAGUGAACAUUCCCUCCAAAAAUGGUAUAAAAGGCAAUUAACCCUUACAAAGUAACGUGUUCUUCUGGAACUUGAGGGGAGCCAAAAGUACCUUUGAAGGGUUAAGUGAAGUGAGAGACUCUUAUCAAAUACUUAAUAAAUAGAACAAUUGUUUGUUAUUUAUACUUUGUGUUUUCUUUUUUUGUACUCAGUUCGCGUUGCGUUGAAGUGGCGACUACGUGAUUCGGGCGGGCUGAUCGUAAGUCAUAUAUAAACUGAUACGAAACGAUCUCAUUCACAUAUACAUUUGUAAAUACUCGUAAAUGAGUAUAUAAAUUGAAAAUCGGCUUAGUAGUAGAAAUGCGGUCACUGAAAGUUAUCGCUUGGCUUGGCCUUAGCAUUGGUGCUGCUGUGGGUGGUAUUACAAUUUGGUUGGCGUACCGCAAGCAAAACGGCAGACGUCCCCAGUUACCCAGUGCCGAUAGAUGGCAACAUUUGGGUACACUAAAAAUUAUCAAUUUUUACCCAGUCAAAGGUGGUGCGCCCAUACGGCUAGAAGAAGUGGAAUGCACGGAAUUGGGUUUGCACUCGAACGGCCUCUGGGAACGUUGCUUGGUGGCAUACGAUGAAUGCGGUGCCGUUGUAUUUGCCGGCUCCUAUCCACGCAUGCUGAGCGUACGUCCUGUCGUUGUUGGCGAAAAGGUCUUGCGUUUGGAAGCACCGUAUAUGCCACCGAUAAUUGUGGAUCUGAAUGAGUUACUGAGCGAACCAUAUCAAAUUGUAGAAAAACGCAAGAAGAGGAAUGUCAAGCGGUUGGUGGAAUGUCGAGCCGAUCACAAUGAGUGGCUCUCACGCGCAGUGCUACAGCGUGAGCAUGGCUUGCGUUUGUAUGUGAAAUUAAAACCAUAUCCGGGGGAAAAGCUGGAUAUUUCACCAGUUAUGGUAAUGCAUGAACGUUCCGUGCACGAUUUGAAUGUGCGCUUGAGCGGCAAAGUGAAACCGGUGGACUGUCAACAGUUCCGUGGCAAUCUCGUAGUCGAUAGCGAUGUGCAUAUACCACCAUACAAUGAAGAUAACUGGCAGUGGCUGCGUUUCGGCGAAGAUAUUGAGCACGCGGUAGUCAUGCGCUACAACUCGGAUUGUUUGCGCUGUAUUUUGGUCAAUGUAAAUGUGGAGAAUUAUACGAGAAACGCCGAUUUCGAGCCACUAAGAAUGCUAAAGAAAUAUCGACUGCGCCAAAACCCAAAAGAACCGUCCAUGGGUGUUUACUUAGAUGUAUACAAUUGUGGAACCCUAAAGCUUGGCGAUAACAUUUAUGUUAAUUACAAAAAUAUGAGCUAACAAUUAUAUAAUGUUAGGUUGGAUAAUAAUGACUUGGCAUUUUUUUAUAGCAGAAAAUCUAUUUUUGGACGGAGAGUAAGAAAAAGCUCUUAAAAAGCUCUGUUAAAGUCUAUAUGAAAAAGCGAGAUAUAAGUCUAUACAAAUUGAUAUUUAUUUACAAUCCUCCGUAUAUAAAAUCUUUCAAAAUAUUACAUAAACAUAAGUAAAACACCUCA